AUGGAUCUCUCUGUUUUGCCAAACAAUAACCAUCCUGACAAAUUCCUGCAGCUAGAAGUGAAGUCUUUAAUGAGAAGCUCAGCACUUCUUCAGGCCAGCCUGGUGAGGUUUCCAGGUGGAAAUUAUCCUGCUGCACAACAGUGGCAAAACCUAGUCUACUCACAGAGAGAAAAGAAGAAUAUUGCUGUGCAACGAGUUAGGGGAGCUACUGCAGAGGCCUCUGUGGCUACUGAUAUCCCCCCACCAUCCCUGUCAUCAGUUCUGAAGAAUAACCCACUAUACGGUGACAUAAGUUUGGAAGAAGCUAUGGAAGAUAGAAAAAAGAAUCCUUCAUGGACCAUUGAGGACUAUGACAGGCGUUCCAUGCACACCAACCUCUCAGGCUACCUGAAGGAAAACCCUAAUGACCUUCGAUUUUGGUUGGGAGACAUGUACACACCAGGGUUUGACACCUUAUUGAAAAAGGAAGAGAAACAAGAGAAGCAAUUGAAAUACUGCCGUAUAGGUCUGCUUUUGCUCCUUGCUGCCUGCAUUUUGGUUUCCAUAGUGACGAUCAGUGCUUCUUUCACUUAA